AGAACGUAUGAUGAUGAUGUUACCAGAAGCAUGCGUGGCUAAUAUUCUCUCCUUCACAACUCCUGGAGAUACAUUCUCGUCUGCGUCUGUCUCCUCAGUUUUCCAGCUCGCUGGAGACUCUGACUUUGUCUGGGAGAAGUUUUUACCCUCCGGUUACAGCCACGUCAUCUCUGCAUCAACUCAUCAGAACUUCUCCUCCAAAAAAGAGCUCUUUCGUUGUCUCUGUGAAUCAAUCCUAAUCGAUAAUGGCAGAAAGAUAUUCAAGAUUGAUAAGCUAUCUGGGAAGAUAACGUAUGUUUUGUCGGCAAGAGAACUUUCCAUAACUUGGAGUGAUCAACGACAUUACUGGUCUUGGAACCAUCGAUUAGAUUCAAGAUUUUCAGAAGCGGUCCAACUUAUAAUGACGGACUGGUUAGAAAUAAACGGAAAAAUCCAGACAGGAGCUUUAUCUCCGAACACGAGUUACGGAGCUUAUCUGAUCAUGAAAGUGACGAAACGAGCAUAUGGACUAGACUUAGUUCCGGCUGAGACUUGUGUAAAAGUGGGGGAAGGUGAAAAGAAAACAAAGAUGUGUUAUUUAAGUUGCUUGGAUGACAAGAAACAACUAAUGGAGCGGGUGUUUUACGGACAUAGAGAACAGAGGAUGGCCACGAAUGAGCCGAGGGUUAGAGACGACGGGUGGAUGGAGAUAGAGCUCGGAGAGUUCGAGAGAGGUGAGGAGGAAGACAAGGAGGUUGUUAUGAGUCUAACUGAAGUUAAAGGGUAUCAGUUGAAGGGUGGGAUUGUAAUUGAUGGAAUUGAAGUUAGGCCUAAACCAUAAAAGUGAGUGCCAAAUAUUUGGGUUUAAGCUAAUAAAUUGUCUU